ACUUGUCAAUGUAAUGUUUGUUCAUACAAUACCCGAGACCGGGAGGCUACUUCCUUCCGCGAGCCAAUGGAACGCCAUAGAGCUCGACUUCAAUCUCCUCCCUCGAUCAUCUUCAUCGUCAAACUCCCAUGAUUAUUCCAUCCCUUCACCGUAUUCUAAGUCCUAUGAUUAUGAUAUUGUAAUAGCUGAUAAGAAGCAUUUCAAGCGAUUUCUUUAUGGAUUAGUCGCUCUAAUUUUAGUUAUUAUAGCAAUUGUCCUGUUAGUGAAUCUCUUGCCUCAUAAACAGAAGCACCGUGGGCCUUCAAAGAACCUCAGUCUUGCAAUAAACCAGGCUUUGAUGUUCUUUGAUGCUCAAAAGUGUAAUCUCCUUUGUCACUCUCAGUUUUCAUAUUUUUUCUCUGCAGCUGGUCUGUAUCCAAGAAAUAGUCCUGUAAAAUUCAGAGGAGAUUCAGGAAUUCAAGACGGGAGCUCAAGCAAUCCACCGGUUAAUCUUGUUGGCGGGUUUUAUGAUUCUGGCAACAACGUAAAGUUCACUUUCACAACAGCUUACACUAUUACACUCCUCAGUUGGAGUGUGAUUGAGUAUCAAGAAAAGUUUGCUUACAUAGAUGAGCUUGAUCAUGUCAAAAAUAUCAUCAAAUGGGGUACUGAUUACUUACUCAAAGCCUUUGUUUAUUCAAAUCCGACUUCUUCGACAGUUCUCUAUUCGCAGGUUGGAAGUACUGGUAGCGAUAUAAGUUGCUGGCAGAGACCUGAAGACAUGAACAAUCCAAGACCAGUUUCUGUUUGUAGUAGCAUGGAUUCUGAUCUAGCAGGGGAAAUCAUUGCAGCAUUAUCAGCAGCAUCAAUAGUAUUCAAAGAAGAUAAUUCGUACUCGAAAUCUUUAGUUGAAGCUGCUGAGAAGUUGUUUCAGGCCGUGUCUGUAGACGAUCCAGGACACAGGCCAAGAACUUAUACUGCAGAUCAUGUUUGUGGUGGAGGAGCUGCAAAGUUCUAUAACUCUUCAGGUUAUCAAGAUGAAUUGGUUUGGGGAGGAACUUGGCUGUCUUUUGCUACUGGAAACACAACUUAUCUUGCCUACGCCACGAACAGGUUUCGGGAAGCUGAUCAAGAUCAAAUAAUAUCAGAAAAAGGACUGUUCUAUUGGAACAACAAGAUUGCUGCUACUGCGGUUCUGAUGACAAGACUUCGAUUCUUCAAAGACCCCGGUUACCCCUAUGAAGCUGCGUUGGGAAAUUCGUCGAAGAAUACAGAUUUUCUCAUGUGCUCUUACCUUUCUGAUAAAACAUUCAAAAAGACACCAGGUGGCUUGAUCAUCUUGAGGCCUGAGUAUGGCCAGCAACUCCAGUUUGCAGCAACAGCAUCUUUUCUGAGCAAAUUAUACAGUGAUUACCUUAAACUUCUGCGUAAAACCGGCUCAAGUUGUGACACUCAAGGCUUUUCUCUGCAAAUGUUGCAGAAAUUCUCUCUGUCUCAGGUAAAUUACAUUCUAGGAGAUAAUCCAAUGAAGAUGAGCUAUGUUGUCGGGUUCGGAGACCAUUAUCCUACCAAAGUUCAUCACAGGAGUGCAUCAAUCCCUUGGGAUGGUCAGUAUCACUCUUGUCCAGAAGGGGAUAGAUGGCUUUACUCUAAAGACCCUAAUCCAAAUGUUCUCUUGGGAGCCAUGGUAGGAGGACCAGACCAAUCCGACAAUUUCUUCGAUGACCGGAACAAACCAGAGUUCACUGAGCCAACCAUAUCAAGCAAUGCUGGCUUAGUUGCAGCCCUGAUCGGACAUUAUGAGCUCCCGGAUUCACUUGAUUUGGGAAUAAACCAAACCGGUAUCUUCGACAAGAUUAUCUUGACAGCUUCAACACCAUGAAAAUGUUUUCUAGUUCAUACUUGCAUGUAAUGAAGUCAUCAAAGAAUGAAAGAAUAAAACAGUGGAAGACUAAUGUAUUUCUUCACUAAAUUCUUUGCAAUGUCUUUCUUCUCAUUGUUGUUAAAGAAACUGAUAUAAACCAUAAAUUGGUUUCGGUUUCAACAACUCUAUUGCACAAGGCUCCCGUAGUGAACGCAAGGCCAAGACAGAUGUACGCAGCCUUACCUCCGCAAGUGGAGUCACAAUGAAGCAAGUCUACCACUAGUACUAAAGCUACAAGAAAAGAUGGAGCUAGACUGAUAAUCCUUUUAACUCAGACAAAGAAGAGCUGUCAAGAACAUAGAAGAAGUA